AUGGUAGAAAUCACUAUCAACACGACUGUCCUUCCUGACGAGUUUCUUGCACACAGGCUUGGAAUGAUUCCGCUCUUGAGCAUGGAUACGGCUAAAGUACUUAUUGAUCAGCGCGAGUGUUCGUGUGAAGAUGGAUGUGAUCGAUGCUCUGUGGAACUUUCAUUGGAUGCGCUUUGCACCUCAGAUCGCGGAGCAAUGCUCGUGACAUCGAAAGACUUGAUCCGCAGCAACACGAUUGCGAAUAUGUAUUCUGAUGAAUCAGUCUUCGGGCCUGUUGCUCCGCGGCAUCCAGACUUUGGAAAGCCUGUAGGACAGGACGACCCCAAUGCGAAUGGCGUGGUGAUCGUGCAGCUGCGCAAAGGGCAGCACAUCAAAGCUCGGUGCAUUGCUCGAAAAGGAUUUGCCAAAGAACAUGCAAAAUGGUCCCCUGUGUCUGCCGUUGGGUUUGAGUAUGAUCCGCACAAUACGUUACGACAUACUACAUUGUGGUACGAGUUCGACGCGAAAAAAGAAUGGCCCGAGAGCAAGAAUGCGCGGGAGGAAGAACCGCCUGCAGAGGGUGCGCUUUUCGAUCCCAAUUUGCAGGCCUCGAGAUUUUACUUCGACGUCGAAUCUGUGGGAAGUCUACACCCGGCUGAAAUCGUCGACACGGCUCUUUCCCUCCUAGAAUACAAAACUGCUCAAAUCGUUCAGGAGUUGGGCAUGCUAUUUCAACCUACAGAUGCAGCAGUGAACGCUGGCGCCAUUCCUCCCGGUGGCAUGUAUGAUUCAUAUGGCGCCCCUCCGAUGUCGGCCGCUGCUCCAUAUGUAUGA